UUCAAAGGAGGAAAUAUGGCGGAAAACAAAGGAGGAGGAGGCGGCGGCGGCGGCGGCGGCAUUAGCGGGGAGGGGGCCGGGGAAGCCGGGUCUGCGGGGGGUGGCCCAGAGCUCUCCGCCGCCGCCGCCGCCGCGUCGGCUGUGGUUGUCACCUCGGCGGCCUCCUCGUCUCCGCCGGCCCCCGCCCCGCCUGAGGAGAGGGAGAGCCCCGCCGUCGUCGUCGCCGCCGCCGCCGCCGCGGGCGAGAAGGGCCCUGGGGAGGCGGAGGCCGCGGCGCCAUCGUCGUCGUCGUCUGUGGGGAGCGUAGGCCCCGCACCGGCACCGCCCCUGGGCCCCAGCCCCGCGCCCCCCGCCCUCUCCUCCUCCGCGGCCUCCUUGCCAGCCCCGGCCCCGCUCUCCCUUCUGGACACCUGCGCCGUGUGCGCGCAGAGCCUGCAGAGCCGCGAGGCCGAGCCCAAGCUCCUGCCUUGCCUCCACUCCUUCUGCCGGAGGUGCCUCCCGGAGCCAGAGCGGCAGCUCAACGUCCCCGUCCCCGGAGGGGCCAACGGGGACAUCCAGCAGGUUGGUGUGAUCAGGUGUCCAAUCUGUCGCCAGGAAUGCAGGCAAAUAGAUUUGGUAGAUAACUACUUUGUCAAAGACACAUCUGAAGCACCCAGCAGCUCUGAUGAAAAAUCUGAACAGGUGUGUACCAGCUGUGAAGAUAAUUCUAGCGCUGUUGGUUUCUGUGUGGAAUGUGGUGAAUGGCUGUGCAAAACAUGCAUAGAAGCUCAUCAACGAGUAAAAUUUACUAAGGAUCAUAUGAUCAGAAAGAAAGAAGAUGUCUCUUCAGAGGCAGUUGGAGCAUCUGGUCAACGUCCUGUUUUCUGUCCUGUGCACAAACAAGAACAGUUAAAACUUUUCUGUGAAACUUGCGACAGACUGACAUGCAGAGAUUGCCAGUUACUGGAACACAAAGAACAUAGGUAUCAGUUUUUGGAAGAAGCAUUUCAAAAUCAAAAGGGUGCUAUAGAAAAUCUCUUAGCCAAACUCCUUGAAAAGAAGAAUUACGUUAAUUUUGCAGCUACUCAAGUACAAAAUAGGAUAAAAGAAGUAAAUGAAACAAAUAAAAGAGUAGAACAAGAAAUCAAAGUGGCUAUUUUUACGCUCAUUAAUGAAAUCAAUAAGAAGGGAAAAUCUCUUUUACAGCAACUCGAGACGGUGACGAAGGAGAGGCAGAUGAAGCUAAUACAACAGCAGAAUGAUAUCAAUGGUCUCUCAAGGCAGGUGAAACAUGUGAUGAACUUCACAAAUUGGGCCAUUGCAAGUGGUAGCAGCACUGCCUUGCUUUAUAGCAAGCGUCUGAUCACAUUCCAGCUGCGGCAUAUUUUGAAAGCACGAUGUGAUCCUGUCCCAGCAGCUAAUGGAGCAAUACGGUUCCAUUGUGAUCCCACAUUCUGGGCAAAGAAUGUAGUCAACUUAGGUAAUCUUGUUAUUGAAAAUAAGCCAACUCAAGGUUAUACUCCUAAUGUAGUAGUGGGGCAAGUUCCUCCAGGAGCAAACCACAUCAGCAAACCUCCAGGGCAAAUUAAUCUUGCACAGCUUCGGCUCCAGCAUAUGCAACAGCAGGUGUUCGCACAACAAAAACACCAGCAGUUACAGCAGAUGAGGAUGGGGCAGCCUGCAGGGCAGAUUGCUCGCCAGGCAGGCCCACAGAUGCUGCAACAACAGCCCCCAAGGUUGAUAAGUAUGCAAACCAUGCAGAGAGGUAUGAAUUGCGGAGCUUUCCAAGCCCACCAGAUGAGAAUGGCUCAGAAUGCUGCUCGUCUCCCAGGGAUACCGCGCCACAACGGGCCUCAAUACUCCAUGAUGCAGCCACACUUACAAAGACAACAUUCAAACCCAGGACAUGCCGGUCCCUUUCCAGUUGUUUCAGUGCAUAAUAACACUAUCAAUCCAACAAGCCCUACAACAGCCACUAUGGCCAAUGCUAACCGUGGUCCAACAAGCCCAUCUGUAGCAGCAAUAGAGCUUAUUCCCUCAGUAACCAAUCCAGAGAAUCUACCUUCAUUACCAGAUAUUCCUCCCAUACAGCUGGAAGAUGCUGGUUCCAGUAACUUAGAUAAUUUACUAAGUAGAUAUAUUGCAAGCAGCCAUCUACCACCACAACCUUUAAGCAGUAUGAAUCCUUCUCCUGGGCCCUCGGCUCUAUCUCCAGGCUCAUCAGGUUUGUCUAAUUCUCAUACUCCUGUGAGGCCACCUAGUACUUCCAGCACAGGUAGUAGAGGCAGCUGUGGCUCUUCUGGUAGAACUGUUGAGAAGAACAAUAUUAGUUUCAAGCCUGACCAUGUGAAAGUUAAGCAAGAGCCUGGCGCCGAAGAAGAGGUGUGCAGUUUCUCAGGACCAGUAAAGCAAGAAAAAACAGAGGAUGGCAGGAGGAGUGCCUGCAUGCUUAGCAGUCCUGAGAGCAGCUUGACACCACCACUGUCUACAAGCUUGCAUUUGGAAAGUGAGUUGGAAGCACUUGGAAGCAUAGAAAACCAUGUAAAAACCGAACCAGCAGACUUAAGUGAAAGCUGCAAGCAAUCUGGACAUGGUCUUGUAAAUGGAAAGUCUCCAGUGCGUAGUCUUAUGCACCGAUCAGCUAGGACUGGAGGAGAAGGCAACAACAAAGAUGAUGAUCCUAAUGAGGACUGGUGUGCUGUGUGUCAAAAUGGGGGAGACUUGCUAUGUUGUGAAAAGUGCCCAAAGGUUUUCCACCUAACUUGUCAUGUACCUACUCUCCUCAGCUUUCCAAGUGGGGAAUGGAUAUGUACAUUUUGCCGAGAUCUUAGCAAACCUGAAGUAGAAUAUGAUUGUGACAACUUGCAGCAUAGUAAGAAGGGGAAAACUGCACAAGGUUUGAGUCCUGUGGACCAAAGGAAAUGUGAGCGUCUGCUGCUUUCCCUAUACUGCCAUGAGCUGAGCAUGAAUUCCAAGGAGCCCGUCCCAGUGUGCUAUACCAAACUAUUAUACAUAAUAAAGAAACCAAUGGAUUUAUCAAAAAGAAAAAAACUACAGAAGAAGCAUUCCCACACUACCAGACACCUGAAGAUUUUGUGCAGAUGUCGACUGAUCUUCAAAAACUGUGAAAGGUUUAAUGAAAUGAUGAAAGUUGUUCAAGUUUAUGCAGAAACACAAGAGAUUAAUUUGAAGGCUGAUUCAGAAGUAGCACAGGCAGGGAAGGCAGUUGCAUUAUACUUUGAAGACAAACUUACAGAGAUCUACCCAGACAGGACCUUCCAGCCUUUACCUGAAUUUGAGCAAGAAGAGGACGAUGCUGAAGUAACAGAUGACUCAGAUGAAGAUUUUAUACAGCCACGUAGAAAACGUCUAAAAUCGGAUGAGAGACCAGUGCAUAUAAAGUAACCUGAUUCAAAUGGACCUAAACUAUUGUAAAAAGAAACAUAUUUAAGUGUUCCUGGAAUAUUAUCAUGCCUUCAGUGGCCAUCAUAUUGAAGCUGAUAGUGUUCAGACAGUAUUAGAUUACAAAAAGCAUUUGUACAGAAACAUUCUUGUCAAAAGGGGGAAAAGCUUUCAACUUCUGUUCUUGAUUUUGUGUUUUGGUUUUUUAGUGUUUUGUUUUUCAUUUUUCACGCCCUAAUUUCUCAUAUACAGAGGUGUGGGGUGAACGUUGAUAAAGAAGCAAGUUUUUAUAAAAUGACAUUUGUACAAAUAUUGAACUCUUAUCACUACUUAGUAAGCAUUUCUGCAAGAGUGGACCAAGGCAGUGAUGUUUCACUUUAAUACUGGGCUGCAGUUUGCUCUGCAAGAAACCUUCCUCAAGAUCCUCUUCAUGCAACACUAAGUAUGAAUGGGAUUGUUUUUAUCCAGUGUCUCAUCUAAGUGGUAUUGCAAGUAUCAUAUUCUGUGUUUGGUCAAGUAGCUAGGUUUUGAUUUCUUUUACUGACCUUGUAUAGAAGUAUCGUGACUUGCUCAUUAAAUAAUUUUGAAUUGGAGAAUGCAGGAGUGCGAGUUCUUCAUAUGUUCCUCAUUAAAUCUGGUUGCAAUCAAUGCUUUUCAGUAGGAUUCAUGGCAUCGAGUGGAAGUCCUGUGCACAGCACACUUAAGUGAGUAUCCUCUUGAAAUUUGUUAAUCCCAUUUUCUCCCCUUAUGAGGCAGGAUGUUGGCUGGAAAACUGGUUAUAUAGAAUUUAGGAGUUUCAGAAUUAGACUGUGAAGUUAAAAUUUGGUGACUGACCAUCCAGUCUUCCCUAAUAAUAGUUUCUGAUAUACCACUAUCAGCAAACAGUAACUUUGUCUACCAAAUGUGUAAAAUUUUCUGUAUUCACUCUGUCUUAUUUGUAAAUAAUGGUACUGUAAAUCCUUCAGACAGCAACAUUUGCUGGGCUGUUUUUAAGAUAAUAUGUAUUCUUACUAAUGUUCCUAAUCACAAACAGAUUUGUAAUAUGCUGUGUUUCUAAAACUGUUCUUAGUUUGAAGUUCUAUAUUGUUUUGUUAGAGCUACUCAGAGUUUUCUUCAGAAGCAGCUUAAAUGUCUAAGAGAGUAAAAAAGCCUAUGGAAACUGAGUUACGUGUCCAUCUUUAAAAACAGAAAUUUGCAUGGACCAAUAUUGCCAGACAAGUGACUUCUGGGUAGAUAAUGAGAACAGGCAAACCUCAUUGUGAUAAUCUGCAUGUAAGCAAGUUCUUCAGUUCUGCUUUGAUGGCAUCAUUGAGAACAUAAUUUGAACAAAUAAUAUCCCUUAUAUCCAGGUGCACCUUUUUUCAAGCCUUUUCCUAGAAUAUUUUUAUUAUUGUUAUAUAUCAAAACAUGCAAACUACACACUAAAGUGACCGAAAUAAAUUUUUGCUGUGACAGGAACUAAUUUGUCAUGGUCAAUAGUUUAGUAUAAAAACAUAUAAUGAGAUUAAUGGCUUCUGUUGCAUAGUGUAUUGUUUCAGUAAUGUUCUAGAGAGUUCAUUUUAUGCAGACAGACAAAAUAGCUGGUUCUAUGAUAUGAAAGUGAUUCAGUUUUUGAGAUCAUCUAUUGCAUUUAAAAUUGAAGGAUCCAGCAGAUAUUUGGCUAUUCCUAAUGAAUGUUCUCAAAAGGUUUUCCCUCAAGUAAAUGAAGUACAUUUAAAUUGUUUGUAGCUAAAUAUAAUCAAUAGUUGCCCAAAUAGUCAGGUGUUAACUUUUUCUCAUGGAAUAUCAAGACAGCAGCAGUGAAAGAAAAUCUCAGGUUAAUGUCUAGCCUUUUCAUGCAUAGAAGGAAGUACUGAAAUGAGGUAUAUAAUUUUUUUCAUACACACACAAACAUGGGAUCGAAUUUUCUCACUCAAACACACACUUUCUCUCUCUUUCUCUCUCUCAAAAGUUGAGAUUGUCGACCUGGUGAGUGCUGAUACUGAGUGUAGUCCUAUUUGAUUAUUACCUUCUGUGUAGUUGAGAGAAUGGCAUGCCUGAACUGAAAACUUACUAUUUAUCUUAAUGUGUUGACUUGUUAGCACGUGGAUUUAUAACUGACAUUUUGGAAAAAACACUGAUUGUUUGUUUGUUUUUAAAGUGCAAGACAAAAUGCUUAGCAAAUGUUGGGUGAUAGUUUAAUGUGAUAGUGCACAUAUUUUCUAUUUUCAGUUUGCAAUGGGAUAUCCGCCAUGAGUCUUGAAAUUUAUUGUUUCCUUAACACUCAGAAAGUCUUUUUCCUGUGCUAUGAAGAACAUUUUACAAAGUUGUUACCUGAAAGCUGCAAUCUUGUCAACAUACUUUUAUACAUUUUCAUAUCAGAUCUUAGCUAAACCCAUGUUUCCAUGCUGCCCAUUAGGUCUGCUUUUCUGAGCCAUUUAACCAAACCAUAUACCAGUUGCAGCCUUGUAGAGAGAGAGAAUUGUAGUGCACUCAACAUGGAAUUAGGCCUUUUGAUUUUUUUAAAACAAGAAUAAGAGCCUGAUUAUCUAUAAUCUCGUAUAUAGCAGAUAUUUCUACAAAUUGCCAGUUUCUGUUCUUGAUUGGAAUGAGAGACAUACAUACUUUGUUGUCUUUUUCUAGGUUAGAUAAAUUUUCUCUAUGACAACAAGAUUUAUUCACCCAAAGUAACUUCUCUGCCACCUGUGCAUUUUUAUGAGCACCUCCAUUUGGCAGUUUACAUAUGUCAAUGCAAUAACUGAGCUAUACUGGGAUUGAGAACAUACUUUAUAUUAGAGUUCAGGUUUGUAGUGGAUAGUGGAGCUUUUCUUGCAUGCGAUACGGAUUUACCUGUGCUGCAUACAUUACAGUGUAACUUAGGUGUAAUGUCCCAAGAUUCUCUGUCACUUAAUUUAACUCUUAAGCUCUGAUUUUAAUUGAUCUUGUAAAAAAAAUAUUUCAACUGUUCCUUGGUUGUAUAUGUUCUGAAAGUUUAAGUUAAUCCAAAGAAAAAAGGCAAUUUGCUUUGAAACAGGAAGGACGACAAGUGUACAGCGUGCUGACUGUGGACUUUUCAAUUACCUCAGCAGGUCCCCUGCCAUGUAAUUACUAGUGAUUAGUGUUAGUUUAACCAGCUAAGUAUGUUCAGGUCUUACUUAACUGUGCCCUGGAAUUAAGUGUCCUAUCAUAUACUAUUAAGGCUUAAUUACUAUCCAAAAAGGGUGUUUCCCCCUAGCUUUUAAAAGUAGAAAUGCUGUUAAAUGUAGAUAGCCUUUUUCAUGUACAAAAGUUUCCCAUUAAUACUGUUUGAUGUGGCAUUGACUGUCAGUUUACUCACCACUGGAUAGAUAAGUGGAAUGUUUUAUAAACAUUCCUGCAAGCCACUACAGCCAACAAAGAUGUUUUAGCAACUCGCCCCAAUUUGCCAUUUUGUAGUAUAACUUAGUUUUAUUAGCCAGUCCUAUUUAAGUAUAAGUAACAAGAACAGUGUGUUGAAUUUGAGUGUGUAAUGUACUGGAUGUAGGCUUCUUUUUUCCUUUUUCCUCCUCUCUCUAGGAAAAAGCAAUAAAACUGCUUUGUCUGUUGCCUGUUUAGCAUGGCAGGAAUCCUUUUCCUUUGAAUAGUGAUUUCAUAGGAAGGUUUUUGUAUGUGUAUCAUCAAUUCUAAGCUUUUAAAGAAAAAUAAUAAAAGUGUGCAGUUAUAGUGUGGCAUUUUAUUUUAAAAAUUGGGGAAAGUUAACAUAUUUUUUUAAAAAGUAGGUGUUUCAGUAAAUAAUGGAGGUACUUUUUUAAAAACUUUGUAUGCCACAAUUUACAUGGACAUAUUUCAGACUAAUGCAUAAGAUUUGUGAUGUCAACUAAUGACCACCGUUUUUCCUUUUUAAAUUUGAACAUGCAGUAACUCCAUCCAUUGUAGCUAUUUUGUGUUUUUUGCCUGCUGCUUCUUCUCCUUUUAAAAGAUAUCUGAAUUAAAAUAGUUUUGAAAAUUUCUUAAUUUAGUAGCUGCUUUACAGUAACAAAAUUCAGUGUUCUUUUUAAUCAAAUCCAUUUUAAAGUUGAGGAGUUGUUGCUUUCUUCUGAAAUUAUUUGUAACUCCGUACAAAGAAAUGCAAAUAAUUUUAUAGAACUGUCACCUGUUUCAGCAUUCCCCUUAGUGUAAACUUAAAUUUCAAAAUGGAAGGUGGUGCAUGUUAAAGGCCCACAGAUGUGGGCAUUUCUUCAGUUCAAAAUGCCAUUAAACACACACACACACACACACAUAUAUAUAACAGGUCUAUAGAGAUUUGUGCAAUCAAAUACCUGUUCUAAUUUUAUAUGUAUACAUAUAGAAAUCAAAGGGUUAAGUUCCCAACAUUCAUUCUUUCUGCUAAUUAAAACUGGUACUUUUUGCACAUAGUUAACUUUACUGAUUCUUCAAAAAAGUGCUGUUUCUGUGGUAUUGUAUUCUCUGAAUUAUAUUUAAUUUUUUUAACAAGUUAACGUUUCUAAUUGUUUAGUUCCUGUGUUUUUGGCUGGUGUGUAAUAAAGGCAUUUUUUCCCUUUGCGUUAUUAUUUAAUAUAUUUAGCAGCCUGUAAAUAUUUCUUGUUAAAUGCUCUGGAAUGUGGUGUAGCAGUUGUACUAGAACAAUUUUAAAUAGCAUUGUUUUGCAGACCACUUUGUUUUGGUUAUUUCUAUUAAAUUAGAAAAGGAAGAGUC